AUGGGCCGCCGCAGGUACAAUAUCGCCAUGGUCAGCGACUUCUUCUUCCCCCAGCCAGGAGGAGUCGAGGCGCACAUCUACCAGGUCUCGAGCAAGCUCAUCGACCGCGGUCACAAAGUUAUCAUCAUCACACACGCCUACGGCAACCGCACAGGUGUUCGUUACCUUACAAAUGGCCUCAAAGUAUACUAUGUGCCCUUCUUAAUCAUCUACCGCGAGGCCACCUUCCCUACUGUCUUCUCCUUCUUUCCCAUCUUCCGCAACAUCUGCAUCCGCGAGCAGAUUGAGAUUGUACACGGCCAUGGCAGUUUAAGCAGCAUGUGCAACGAGGCUAUCCUGCACGCCCGAACAAUGGGCCUGCGCACCGUAUUCACAGAUCACUCGCUUUUCGGCUUUGCUGAUGCUGCGAGUAUUCUCACCAACAAGCUUCUCAAGUUCUUCUUGAGCGAUGUUGAUCACAGUAUAUGUGUCAGCCACACAUGCAAAGAGAAUACAGUCUUGAGAGCUUCGUUAGAUCCACUCAUGGUAUCAGUCAUCCCCAAUGCCGUCGUCGCGGAAAACUUCCGCCCACGCGACUACCCCAUCCAAGGAGAUCCAAGCCACGCCUUUGGCCCAGAGCGCAGCCCUACGCGCAUCGGCCCCAACGACAUGAUUACCAUUGUCGUCAUCUCGCGGCUUUUUUACAACAAGGGCACCGACCUUCUCACCGCCGCCAUCCCGCGCAUCCUCGAGAACCACCCCAACACGCGCUUCAUCAUUGCCGGCUCGGGCCCCAAGGCUAUCGACCUCGAGCAGAUGAUCGAAAACAACGUCCUGCAGGACCGCGUCGAGAUGCUCGGCCCCAUCCGCCACGAAGAGGUGCGCGACGUCAUGGUCCGCGGCCACAUUUACCUGCACCCGUCCCUCACCGAGGCCUUUGGCACCGUCAUCGUCGAGGCCGCCAGCUGCGGCCUGUACGUCGUCUGCACGCAGGUCGGCGGCAUCCCCGAGGUGCUGCCCUCGCACAUGACCACGUUUGCCAAGCCCGAGGAGGACGACCUCGUCCUCGCCACCGGCAAGGCCAUCACCGCCGUCCGCGCCGGCAAGGUCCGCACCGACCGCUUCCACGACGAGGUCAAGAAGAUGUACUCGUGGGACAAUGUCGCCCAGCGCACCGAGCGCGUCUAUGACGGCAUUACCGGCACCAUCACCGAGGAGGAGUUUUACGGCUUCGACACGGGCGGCUACAACGGCUCCCGCGUCCGCAACUUUGCCCUCAUCGACCGCCUCAAGCGCUACUACGGCUGCGGCAUAUGGGCCGGCAAGCUCUUCUGCCUCUGCGCCGUCAUCGACUACCUCUUCUUCCUCGUCCUCGAGGUCUUCCUGCCUCGCGAGAACAUUGACACGUGCCCGGACUGGCCGCGCAAGCUCGCCAAGGACCGCAAGGCCAAGUCGAGAAACCAAUCCACGUCCUCGCAGGGCGGUGGUAUUGCCAAGCCGACUUGA